AUGUCUGAACAUGAAGAGAACGAGCUUGAGGUGCCACCUGCGGAAAUGGCAGCGCAAGCUACAGCCAUUAUGCCCGUACUACGAAGCAAUGUUCCGUUGCCGCAUCGACUCAAAGUGACAGGCAACGUGUCGGUGCAGUGGAGGCAGUGGAAGCAAGUGUGGGACUCAUAUGAGUUGGUUUCAGGAUUGAAGAGCCAAUCAGGUGAGUACAGAGUUGCCACAUUCAUUACGUGUAUUGGCCCAGAUGCUCUGGAAGUAUACAAUGCGCUCCCGUUUGAGACGCCAGCUGAUGCGCAGGACAUUCAGAAGGUUCUUGGUCUAAUGGAAGAGCAUUUUAUAGGAGAAACGAAUACGAUAUAUGAGCGAUACAAUUUCCAGAGGAGGCAGCAAGAGGACAACGAAGCGAUUGAUCAGUAUGUUACUGCAUUGAGAACUCUUGCUCGCACAUGCUCGUUUGGAACAAAUGCAGAUGAACGUUUGAGAGAUCAAAUUGUGUAUGGAGUGAAACCGAAUGUGCUACGGAAGCAACUAUUACAAAAGAAAGGUUUGACACUAGCUGAAUGCCUAGACAUGUGUAGAGCCUAUGAGGCCACCACACAGCAGAUGAAAGUGAUGACAGGAGAAGAGUUGGUACAUUCCGUGAGUAAACGGCGAACAAAGCCUGAGAACUCUAGGAAGUCAUCAGACAAGGAACGUAAACAAACACAGAGGACUCUCACGGGUCAGAGUCAGAACACGCCCAAACCAGAGUGUCAAUAUUGUGGUUUGACACAUGAACGAGGUGCAGACAAGUGUCCUGCAUACGGCAAAGAAUGCACGUAUUGCCACAAGAGGAAUCAUUUUGCUUGGAAGUGCAGAUCAAAGCGACAGAGAGACACACGACAGCGAGUACAUGUAGCUACCAACAGAGAUGAAAGCGAAGAAGAUGAUGAAUGCCUGACUCUUACGCUGACUCCGCCUCAACAGGAUGUUCAGGUGAUGCAAUGCAGAGACAACUAUGCCUGGAAUUAUCAGCGCCAGGUCUAUGCCAACAUGCACAUCAAUGGAAAAGGUGUCAAAUUCCAGCUUGACACGGGCGCCACGUGCAACGUGCUUAAAAGGAAUGAGGUUCCCAGAGAGACCAAGAUUAUGCCCACAGCACAGAUGAUAACUUUGUAUGAUGGAAGCAGAGUUAAGCCAUAUGGCAAAUGCAAAGUGAACGUGACAAAUCCUAGAAUAGAGAAAACGUAUGAUGUGGAAUUUGUUGUGAUACAAGAUGCGCAAAAUUCAAUUUUGGGCUCAGCUACUGUGCAACAGAUGGGUUUGUUAACUGUUCACCAUGAGAUGAUUCAGAAGAUAGCCACUGACAAAGAGGUUAAGCCAAGGAGCAAAGAGCACACACACACAAUGCUGCAGAAGUACCAUACAGUAUUUGAGAAGGCAGUCGGUCUUCUAGGAAAUGAUCUACAUCUAGAUGUUGACCGAUCAAGGAAACCAGUCCAGAUGCCAGUGAGGCGCAUCCCAGUUGCUAUUAAAGGAAAGUUGAAAGCAGAACUUGAUCGUCUUGAGAAGCUUGGUGUACUUGGAAGAAUUGAUGAGCCUACAGAAUGGGUAUCGAGUUUAGUGAUUGUCAAGAAACCCAAUGGCAGUUUGCGAUUAUAUUUGGAUCCAAAGCCAUUAAAUGCAGUUUUGAAAAGGAGCCAUUAUCAAAUCCCAACGUUGGAAGAUUUAUUACCACAAUUGGCUAAUGCAAAAGUCUUCAGCGUUGCAGAUGUCAGGAAUGGGUACUGGCAUGUUCCUCUUGAUAGGGAGUCGCAGAAACUCACCACGUUCGGUACACCUUUUGGGAGAUACUGUUGGCGAAGAAUGCCCUUUGGUAUCUCAGUUGCACCAGAAAUAUUUCAACAACGGUUACAAGAGGCCAUUGAAAGUCUAGAUGGAGUGUUUGCAAUUGCAGACGACAUACUCAUUGCAGGCAAUGGCAUUACCUAUGCAGAAGCAGUUAAGGAUCACGACAGGAAACUUGAGAUGUUUUUGAAACGAUGUCAGAAGAAACAGAUUUGUCUGAACAAGGAUGAGUUUCGAUUGAAAUUAAGAUCAGUAGCAUACAUGGGUCAUCUACUGACUGAUGAAGGAGUUAAACCAGAUCCUAAGAAGAUAACAGCGAUACAUCAGAUGCCGAAACCAACUGAUGUUGCAGGAGUUAGACGCAUGCUUGGUAUGGUCACAUAUUUGGCAAAAUUUCUGCCACAACUGGCUACUAUGUCAGAGCCUUUGAGACAGCUGACCAAACAAGAUGUUGAGUGGAUUUGGACCUAUGAACAGGACAAAGCGAUGGACAGUAUCAAGAAAGCAAUCACACAGGUUCCAGUUCUCAAGUACUUUAAUGACAAGGAAAGAGCAACUCUUCAGUGCGAUUCUUCGGGACUAGGAAUUGGAGUAGCACUAAUGCAAGGAGGGCAACCAGUGGCUUAUGCCAGUCGAGCUUUAACUUCUACGGAGCAGCAAUAUGCGCAAAUAGAAAAAGAACUGCUAUCAAUAUUAUUUGGUCUAGAGAGGUUUGACACAUACACAUUUGGACGGCAAGUCAGAAUACAAACAGAUCAUAAACCUCUUGAAGCUUUGCACAAGAAACCGCUACACUCCGUUCCCAAAAGAUUGCAACGAAUGUUUCUACGCAUGCAGCGUUAUGAUGUGACCGUAGUCUACAGAAAAGGCAAGCACAUGUUCUUAGCAGAUACCUUAUCGAGAGCCUAUGUAGCUGAUGAAGGCAGUGAUGCAUGCCUUGAUGGAGAAGUACUACAUCUGGAUGAUGAGGAUGCAACAGAGUAUCUACCUAUGACCCGAACUAGUAUUGAGAUGUUACAGCAAGGAACACAGACAGAUGAAACACUGAUGCAGUUGAAGAAUAUGAUUCAGAAUGGAUGGCCAGAGCACAAGAACAAUGUUUCACAGUCAAUCAGGCAGUACUAUGAUAUUAGAGAUGAGCUGUUAUAUCAGAAUGGUAUCAUCUUUAAGGGUGAUAGAGUCAUUGUUCCUCAUAGCUUGAGAGCAGCAAUGCUAGAUAGAGUUCAUUAUGCUCAUAUAGGCAUGAACGGCUGUCUGAGACGAGCCAAAGAGUGUAUAUACUGGCCCGGCAUGGAUGCGGAGAUACGAGAGUAUGUAUCUAGAUGUACUACUUGCAGAAGCUUCGAUGUAAAGCAGCCCAAGGAGUCUUUGAUUAGUCACACUUUUCCUCUAGGACCAUGGGCAAAAGUUGGGACUGAUAUUUUUUCACUUUCAAGAUUAUGAGUACCUGAUGACUGUGGACUAUUAUAGUUCUUUUGUGGAAGUCGAUCGCCUGGAAAAGGCCACUUCGAAAGAAGUCAUCAAAUGUUUGAAGAGACACUUCUCACGGUAUGGCAUCCCUGACACAGUUGUCAGCGAUAAUGGACCGCAAUAUUCGUCUCAGGAAUUCGCUGAGUUUUCCAGGAAUUGGUCAUUUCAACAUACCGUCACAAGCCCAUACUAUUCCCAAUCCAAUGGCAAGGUGGAAGGGUCGAUCAAGACAGUCAAAAGAAUGAUGAAGAAAGCCGCUGCAACAGGCAGUGACCCGUGGUUAUGUCUAUUAGAUUAUAGAAAUACUCCAACUGAAGGUUUACAAUCAAGCCCUGUGCAGAGACUAAUGGGAAGACGAACGAAAACGAGAUUACCAACCACAACAAGUUUGUUGAGACCUGAAAUUCAUGAUGAAUCGGAAGCUAUUAGACGACAAAAGCUAAAACAAGCACAUUACUAUAACCAGGGAAGCAAGGAUUUGCAACAAUUGAAGCCGACACAGAUAGUGAGAAUACAACCAUCUGGACAACACAAGACAUGGAGAAAAGCAAUGGUGACUAAGCAAGUGGGAAUAAGAUCGUACGAAGUUGAAACAGAGGGUGGAACUUAUAUACGACGAAAUAGAAGACAACUACGAGCUACAACUGAAGAUCACAACACCAGCACAGCUGAUCCACCAGUAACACGAAAACAAUCAGAUGCAGUGACCAAAUCUAGUCCAACUACCGAGUCUAUCAUUGCACAACCAAGACCACAAUUACAGCAGAAGCCUACCACCACCAGGAGCGGAAGAACAACCAGACCUCCUAAGUAUUUGAAGGAUUAUGUAACAAAGUAACAUAUAGUUUGGUUUACUUUUUUUUUGUUUUUUUUUUAAAGAAAGAAGGAUGUAUGGUAAUUAGUAGAGUUAUUGAUAUUGAUCACUGACUAUAGAGUAGAGUGUAUGAACACAACGUGAGUAGUAGUUCUGUACACUAGAGUAAGGUGUAUACCACGAGAGUAACACAUACGA